UGACUAUGACAAAUUGGCUGCAAUCUUGAAGAAGGCUCCUUCCAUUACUCAGCUUGCACCUCUCAUGCUCAUUAAGCACCCUGCGAUUGUUCAUUGCAUCCGAAAGCUACGUGAAGUGAAGCACAAUGGAGUGAGGAAGAAGUCGGAGGAUCUGUACAAGCAAUUCAAGAAGCUGUUUGUGAUUCCUGAUGGGAAGCAGUUUGUCGACGUGUUCCAGGAAAAAGUGAAGGCGUUCCAGGAAGCCACUAAGGACAUGGAUGUAGCCAAGAGGUUUCUUGUCAUCCGAGACCCCACCCUGCCACGAGAAAAGGCGCAGAUUCCUUACGACUCAGAAUCUGAGGAUGAUUUUGAUGGAUUCGGGAAUCGGGGAGACGAGAAGUUACGCCAGGAGAAGCGAUCUCAAGAAAAGGAGAAGAACAGGGGUAAAGAAGGGGAGAAGAAAAAGGACCGAGAGCGAGAGGGCAAGAGUGGAAAGGAAAAGAAGCCCAAGGAUGAGACAGAAAAGAAACCCGUGCAGGCAAAACCCGAGCACUGAGAGUGUGUGCGUUUUUUGUCCCGUAUCAUAUAGGUUCUCCGAGACUGUGAUUCUCUACAUCAAUCUCUCUUUGUCUUCUGCUUAGCAGAGAAAUUGCUUCUCCCCAUUUCAAAGAUAAGCUGGGCAGAAAUCCUUGUGUCUUCGUGCUCGAACGGUUCAUUUACGUCAUUCAGGUCUCAGUUUCUC